AUGUUAGACACAGCCAGCAAUGGGAACUUCCUCAAUCAGGAUGUAGAUGAUGGCUGGCAGCUUGUGGAAAACAUAGCAAACUCAAUGGAAGCUAUGGAGAAGACUCAGUCCACAAUGAAGAAAGUCAACUUUGUGUCUGCUGAAGAGAUGGAACCAGUCCAAGAAGGGGAGGAUACACAAUUUGCUGAGGUAUGCUACAUGAGCAAUGGGCAAGGAGGACCAGGUCUAUCCUCAACAACAGCAAGCUCGAUCGAGUCAAGCCCACAACAUGGGUAUGGUCCAAAAGAACAACUACCAAGGCCCCAAGGGACUUUUCCUGGUCAGCAAAUGCACAUACCACCUGGCUUUCCCCACCAACCACCCCAGCCUGCACCUACACCUGAGAAUGAGCUCAAGGCUAUGCUGAAACAACUGCUUCAAGGGCAAGCUGAUGGUGUGGACACAAGCAAGAAGCUAGCUGAAAUCAACUCCAAGAUCGAGAACCUCAACACAAGAGUUUACUCUCUGGAGAAUCAUGCUUCUUCUGUUGCUGCUGCUACAAAGCAAGGACAACUACCUGGUAAAGCUAUUCAGAACCCCAAGGAACAGUGCAAGGUCAUCUUCACUCAAGAAGGACUUGAUGAAGAAGAGGAUCAAGAAAGAGUCAUGGAAGAGUUUUGUUUGCUGCUGAAUGAGAGAAUUGUUGCUGCUGAGGCUCCUGGAGUCCAGAUUGAUCAACCAGAAGUGCAGCUACUGUAG